UCGAAAAGGAGACCCGCUAAGUUAAGGGGCAGUUUCAGGCCUCAGCUUCUUCAACUUUGCCGAGCCGAUUGAGGAGCGCACUACCGCAAGCCUUGCCGAUGGAUUAUUCAGGCAUUGCUCAUCAAUACGCAAAGCCUGCCGGGUUACCAGCUACUCGGGCUCCAGAGCGAGCAUCGGGUUCGCGUAAUUUGUUGACGCGGCCGUCACUGGUGACCAGAUAUGAAGUGAAGGAUCAGCGGCUGUCGCAAGAAAAACUCCAACUAAUCAAAUCUUCUCCAUUCUCCCUCCGCUCUCAGAAGGCAAACCCGUUCUGGACGCUCGCCGUCCCUAUGCCGACCCUUAAGCCUGCAGCAGUGGCGAGUACCAGAGCCAACCCCAGCAGGCGGCACACAGCCAGCUUGUCAAUUUCCAAAGCAAUCAAGAUUGCCUUAGCCGAUAAGCCCCCUGCUGUUGCGUCCUGGUACCGCUCCGCAAACGACGUGGUGCCGGCAAGAACGUCUGGGCGGAGGAAUGCCGCCGUUAGAUCGGGCGAGUACUCUAGCUUAGAAAAAGCGACCUCACGGAGCACCUCACCCGCCUCAGCGUCGUGGGACAGCUAGACCUAAGUUAUACUUGGUCCCAAUAUGCAGGGCAGGCUUCUGGAAGGGUGAAUGAAGAAGGCAUUUGUGCCUGAUACGGACCACAGCAUCGCCAUAGUCUUGACGAAUCUGACGCAUCACUUUAUCCCCGCACUGUGUGGCAUCAUUGUGG